UAGUAUACAAGGAAAGGGCAGUUAGCAGUAAUUUUCGUCUUUAAGUCCGCGUUAAUUCCUGCAUUUCUACGUUUGUUUUUUAUAACCCAUAGCAAGUUACUCGUUCUUCGUAUCAGAACAAGCUCGUUUCUGUGAACUUUGAAGCUUGUCGGGCUAGCUUAGCUUGCUAGCUGCCAACAAAGCGACAUCGGAAGUGAUCAACACAUCGCUAAGCAGAGCUCGAGUGUGAGUGUAAAGUGUUGUGAUUGUGUGAAAAUGUGUAAAGUACAAAUGCUGAGAGCGUUGGUGAAUCAGCGACUAACUGUGGCUGUUGAAGAAAUGUUUGUAGUGUUGGAAAGAACGAUAGCAGAGUACGAGGAGGAACUUUCUCGAACAAAAGAGGAGAACGAGCGACAACGUCAACUACUGGACGCUGUUUUCAAGAAACAUCAAGUUGUGUUACACAGAGCAGAUGAAGACAGUAUUGGAGAAGAGGAGAAGCACAGAAUCAGCCAGGAGGGAGACCAUCUUGAAGGACUGGAGCAGUUUCCAGUGAUUGGUGUCCCUUUGAAGAGUGAAGAUGAUGAAGACAAAGAUGAAAGUGAGGAGAAGAGAGAGGUGGAGCCUCCAAGCAGCAGCUCAACUCAACACAUGACAACAGAAGCUGAUGGAGACCACUGUGGAGGAUCACAAGCAGACAACCUCUUAGCUCCACUAUCAGAUAGUGACGACACAACGUCACACUCUCCUGACACUGAUGAUGAAGACUCUAAAGCUGAUAUGACAUGUCACACUGACAACACACACUUUAAAUGCUCUCACUGUGACAAAACAUAUAAACAACACCGUAUGCUAAAUAGAUACGUGAUGAGUCACACAGGAGAUAAACCACUCACGUGUUCAGUUUGUGAUAAAAGAUUCUCUCGGAAGAGAUAUUUGACAGAACAUACUAGUCAACACACUGGAGAGAAACCUUUUUCCUGUUCAGUGUGUAGUAAAGGUUUUGUACGAAAUCAACAUUUGAAAACACACAUGACAAAACACACCGGAGAAAAAACGUAUUCAUGUUCAGUAUGUGGUGAAGGUUUUCGACAAAAUCAUCAUUUGACAAUACACACGAGAACACACACUGGAGAAAAACCAUAUUCCUGCUCAAGCUGCAACAAAAGCUUUUCUCAACGAAUAGCACUUGUAGUACACAUGAGAACACACACCAGUGAGAAAGUGUUUAGUUGCAGUGUGUGUGAUGAAAGAUUCCGUAAUAAGCACCAGCUUAACAACCACAAGUGUGCUGGUGAGAACAGCAGCAGUAAAUGAAGCUGCACGACCUUAAAUAAACUGUCAAGAUAUUGCUAACUUUGACUCGCUAACAGCAUCACCAUGUGACAUCAUUGUGUGGAACACAAUCUUGUUUUUAUUUGUUUCUACUAUGUAAGUGUAAUACAAAUAAAAAACAGUUUUAUUUCAUCCAAUUGCAAAUUUCAGACAAGAAGAGAGGCAGAAAAGCUGUUGUUGUAGCCCUUAGCCUGGUUAGCAAGCCAGUCUGUUAGAAUUUAGCAUCUUUUCCCUCUUAGCUGGUGUGUUUUCCUGCUCUUGUCCGCUUUCCUCUGUCUGUCUACCCCUGCUUUUAGUUUACUGUACAUUGAAUGGUUGUUGUCCAUUGUUCAUUUGUGUUGACCUCACUUUUUUCACCUUUUUUAUGCCGAGAAAGGCAGCAAGGGGUGGUGGUGCUGUCUAAAUGCAGGAAGUCUGCAAAUUCAGCAAUUUUUACUUAGGGAAAUGUUAAAAACGAUUGGAAUCAUACAAAUAUUAAAUAUUAAUAGAAUUUGUGAUUAAAUUAUUUAAUUUAAAAUAUAUUUAUAA